AUGGCCAUUCACGCGGCGCGGCGAAUACAAGGUCUUGCUCCACCCGCCGGUGCUGUUGGACUACUAUAUGCUGCUGCUGCGCAGGCUGAGGGGUGCAAAAAUGAGGUCAUUGCUGAUAUUGACCACGCGAUUUACCAAGUUCCUAAGCGGAAGCCGAUGAGCCUCGAUGCUAGCAAAGAUAUCGCGCGAGAAAUCUAG